ACACACACACACACACACACACACACACACACACACACACACACACACAGAAACACAUAAAGAGAGAGAGAAACUGUACAGAUGGUAUGUGGAACAUUAGGACAGCUUCCUGUACAAGAUUCAGGAUGAGGAAAACCACUGUUUUGCUGUUUCUUCUGGCUCUGUGGGCUGAGAGUUCACACGAACUGAGAAUUCAUGAGAAGACCAAUAAAGAGACAAGUGAACGAGUGCUCAUUCGAUCCAAGAGGAGAUGGGUGCUGACUACUAUUGAACUGGAGGAGGAAAGUCCUGGACCUUUUCCUAAAAAAAUUACAGAGUUGUUCAACGAUAAGCAAGAUGAUUAUUCCGUCAGGUUCAGCAUAAGUGGCCAUGGGGUGACGAAAGACCCAAAGGGUGCAUUAGGCAUCAAUGAAAGAACUGGUGAAGUCUUCAUGUACAAGCCAAUAGACCGAGAAACACAUCCCAUUUUACAUGUGGAGUUUGAUGUGUUCGAUGCAAAAACUAAUGCACCCCUUGACAAAACAUUGUCCUUCGACGUGGCCAUACAGGAUAAGAAUGAUAAUCCUCCUGUGUUCAACCUUAAAGUUUUCAGUGUACAAGUUCCAGAGAACCAAAAUGAAGGUGACCUUCCUUUAACUCUGCAAGUGAGUGACAGAGAUGAGGAUGGCAAUGACAAUUCCCGCAUAUCCAUGAGGAUAAUGUCUCAGGUUCCAGCUUUGCCACAAAUCUCCCUGAAAUCCAUUGCUAACAAGAUCACAAAGCUUGCCUUCACCGGAUGCUUUGAUUAUGAUAAAGCAAGGACUUACACAAUGAUUGUUGAAGCACGAGAUCAUGGAACGCCUUCACUUUCAUCCACUGCGACUGUUAUUAUCAGCAUCACUGACUCCAACACUCAUGCACCUGUGUUCACUGCACCGAAGUACGAUGCUCAGGUUAUAGAAGUGGAAACCAAUAAGGAACUUUUAAGGAUCCCUGUGCGAGACCAGGACACUCCCAACACUCCAGCAUCCAGAGCAGUGUUCACUAUUCUGAAGGGUAAUGAGGAGGGCAACUAUAAGAUUGAGACAGACCCAGUUACCAACGAAGGAGUACUGACUCUCAUCAAGGGAAAGGAUUAUAAGAAAACUACUACAGUUGAGCUGGAAAUAGGAGUGGGGAAUGAGGAGCCCUUAUUUGUAUGCAUCGACGGAAAGCCAGUUAAACCCAGUCCAGAGUCUGGAACCGUGAAAAACAACACAGUUAAAGUCGCCGUCAAAGUCAUUGAUGUGAAUGACCCACCCGAGUUUCAGAAUAAAAUUCAGAAGAUUUACAAGAUAGAGGAAGAAGAGCCAGGAGAAGUGUUGUACACACCCAUAGUAACAGAUGAGGAUUCAGUUAACAUCAGGUACGAGCUAGCAGAAGAUCCAGCUAAGUGGCUGUCCCUAGACCCAAAGACAUGCAAGGUUACCUUGGUAAAGAAGAUGGACCGCGAGUCUCCAUAUGUCCACAACAGCACUUACACUGUUGUGAUGCAUGCAAUAGAUGAUGGGGAACCUCCUGCCACAGGUACAGGCACGCUGGUGGUCCUUCUCGGAGAUGUGAAUGAUAAUGCACCUCAUCUAACCUUAAACACUUCAGUGAUGUGUGGGAACAAGGCUGACAGAGUGAGAGUCACAGCAGAGGAUGCAGAUGCUUUUCCAUUUAGUGGACCUUUCACCUUCACGUUUGGCAAAGAAGAUCAGGAGCUGAAGAGACUGUGGAAGCUUGACCCGAGCUCAGGGUACCAAACCUCACUGAUUAGCCUGACGAGUCUGCCUUACGGGACGUACUCCGUUCCACUGAAGAUUACUGACCAACAGGGGGUGCUAGCACGUAACAACUUUCAAGUGUUGGUGUGUGACUGUGGGAAAGGAGACGUGUGUCAAGACCUGCUACCUCGAUCCUCCAGCCUCCAUGGAGCAGCUAUCGGAAUUCUACUGGGAGCACUGCUCUUGAUGGCUUUGCUGCUCUGCUUUUGUUUCCUCUGUAAGUGUGAAAAGAAAAAAAAAAACAAUCACUACUUGCAGAUUGAUGGAAUCCAAACCCUGAUGGCAUACAAUGAUGAAGGAGGGGGUUCAUUGUGCAAGGCUGAUCCACAAUUCAUGCAGAGCCAAAAUAGCAGUAUUUGUCCUUUUAAGACAGACCAGUUUGAAUUUCAGCAGAACCCCACCAAUCAUUUAGGCAGCUUGAAGACAGGAACAAUUCAGCACACACAGGCAUCCAGUGGAUUUAGAGAUGCAGCAUCCUUGAGGAACAUCUACCGAACGAAUUGGACCAGAAACAGUAGGAAUAGUACAUAUGACACUGUUUGGAGUGGGUUGAGCAGAUCCUUCAGCUUUAACAUUGAAGACCUCCUUGGAAUGAAGAUCUCUAAACUUUCGAAGGAGGACUUCCCUGAAUAUCAACCACAUGAUUACAGCUCUGAAGGGACUAACAUCGACACCACAUCACUGGACAAGCUCUCCAUCUGCAGCAAUGGAGAUGAUCUGAUGAUUUUUCAGCAAAAUUUGGGGCCAAAAUUUAGUGCACUGGAAGAGAUCUGUCAACAAGCGUUAAAAGAGAAGAACAUUAAGUUGUAAUUGUUUUUGAAUGUUAUUUACUUUCUCAAUGGCUCUUACAACUUUUUGGGUUGUCCUCUUUCCUGUCUCGAUGUUUUGUGCAUAAUAUUAUACGUCAUGGCUAAGCACUGGAUUUGUGCAACUAUACACUUCACUUUACUUAAUAAUAGUUUCUCCUCAGACAGAUAAAGCUUACAAAAAGACAUCAAGACACCAGUAUGUGCAUACUGGAGAAUGAUUUUGUGGUUAGCAUGUUUGCCUCACAACUCCGGGGUUGGGGGUUCGAAUCCUGCCUCUGCUCUCUGUUUGCGCUGAGUUUUGAUGUUCUCACCAUGCUUUGGGGGUUUCCUCAGGGUACUCUGGUUUCCUCGCCUAGUCCAUAGUCAUACGCUGUAGUCUGAUCGGCAUUUCCGAAUUGUCCUUAGUGUGCGAAUGUGCAUGGGAUUGUACUAACAGUUUUAGUCGUUCAGACUGUUCCUAGUAUUUGAAUUUAUAUGGGAGGGACACACACAGUGAAAAGUCCCAGUUUGGUUACACUUGGAACACGACUCAUCCAGUCAAAUGAAUAGAGCAGAACUAACUGUUGUGUAAAAAGCAUCAUUUAUUUGUUUUUGUAAUGUCCUGAAUGUUGAUAAAGGAAAAAAAGCUAAAUAAAAAAUGCUGGAUGUGG